AACAACUAAUCAUAGUACAUUUCUACUUCAAAAUAUCACCCAAACCUAAUAAUUAAGAGAGAGGGAAAAAAAUGGAAAGGGAUGUGUGUGAUCUUUCUCCCACAUGGGAUUGUGAAAAUGGCAAUAAUUCUGUGGAGAAGAGGCUAAGGCUAUUUGGAUUUGAGCUGAAUCCACCUUCAAACAGUGUGAAAGAUCCUAACACUACAGAAGGAUCAGAUGAAAGUGUGAAUUCAUCAUCUAACUCAGUUUCUUCAGGAGGGGACAAAACCACAGCACAAGAUCAAAGAACCACAAUCACUAAUAAUAAUAAUGAAAAGAAGUUUGAGUGUCAAUACUGUUUGAAGGAAUUUGCAAAUUCACAGGCACUUGGUGGGCACCAAAAUGCUCACAAAAAAGAGAGAAUGAAGAAGAAAAGGUUGCAGCUUCAAGCAAGGAAAGCCACCAUAAACUACUAUCUUCAACAGCCCAAUUUUCCAAACAACAAUCAUUAUCAUGGUUUUUCUUACCAUAAUCAGAAUCAUAAUAACAGUAACACACCUUGGUUCUAUGAUCCUUCUUCCUACAACUACUAUUCUGACUUCACAGCUUGUGAAGAAUCCCAAAUUAGCUUCAACCCCAAUGAUCAAGAUUCAAACUUUUUGGUCGAAAAAGCAUCAAAUAGUAAUUGGUAUUCAUCUCUACCAUCAUCAUAUCAAACUACUUCUUCUUCACAACAAGAUUCUUGUAUGUUCAAUUUCUCUAAUACUAGUACAGAAGAUAAUAAUAAUAAUAGGGCUUACAACAUCUUCGAGCCUUGCAACUUUCCUGAUUCUUCAAAUCAUCAAAUACAAAGUCAUAGUAAUAAUAACAAAGCUUUAGAUCUUCAAUUAGGCCUCAAUUUACACUCAAAUACAAAAAGGGCCUAAUUUAUUAGUAUUAUUAUUAUUGUUGAUUAGGGCAUAUAGGAUAUAUAUAAUUUAUUUAUAGUUUCUA